AUGGCGGCGUCAAGUCCUCUGUCGGCCUCGUCGACGUUGGCGUUGGGACGCGAUUCCCGCAGCACCGGCAUCACCAACAACAGCGACAGCGACAGCGGCAGCGACAACGACGAAACCAUUCUCCGCCCACGCGGCAGAUUUGCUGCGCGAAUGCUUGCCGAGAGCAACAAUGAAAGCCAAUACCAAGCAUCCGAGACUGAGUCGACCACGGACAAGGCAGCCGGCACAAAUAACAGCCGCGACGACGAAGAUGAGGACGAUAUCGUGCCUGUAGCUCGCGCAAGGAAGAUGAAGCCGCGACGUCAACGCAGCUCGACCCCAGAGGAGGCGCCACAACAAGACGCUCCCUCUUCCCGCUUUGAAUCGCCGCAAAGAUCAAAAUCCACACCUGCUCCUGAUUCUUCCAGCCUCUUUGUAUCGCCUUCCAAAUCCUGCUCGCCUACCACGCAGGGCAAUGCCCAAGAAAGCGAUGCAAGCGAUGACGAAGACUUGCCUAGCCCGAGCAAUCUAGCCAAAAAGCCCCGUUUCUUAGCUUUGGUGGCGAGGAAGCGCGAGGAGCGCCUAGCUCGCGAGGCCGAGGAAGCUCGCAAGAAGGCCGACCGCCUCGCCGCCCAGCAAGCAGCUGCGCAGGACGACGACGACAUAUUGUCGGUUGACGAAGACUCCAGCGUCACCGAUGAUGAGGGUGGCCGGAAGCUCACCCAGACAGCCGCCCGUCCCACGGCGCGCAAGGCCAGCAAGAAGGCUCUCGAAGAGAUGCACCGUGAGACGCAGCGUCUGACACGGAGUUUGCAGCUCGCCCACGAGGCAAAGGUCAAGAAGAAGAUCACAAAGACGGCCCUGUUUGAGCGCUUCAACUUCAAGCCCGAAGGCGCCGCAACACCAGCAGUUGAACAACAACAGGCGCUACCCAGCUCGAGUCGUCCCGCAUCGCCAUCGUCAGUCCACCAGACAGAUGCCGAGAUGAAGGAUGCCGACACUCCGCCAAGCUCACCUCCGCUUGAGGGCACGGAUGCUGCCAAGGGCCAGGCACAGGGAAAUUCCCAGACCGCCACAGCUCCCCAAAACACCGAUAUGCCCUUCCUUGAGGAGGACGAAGACGGGGAAUUGCCGUCCCUCGAAGCUGCUCUUGAGUCGGCGGCUGCUGCCCGGAGGAGACUCGAGAAAGGCAAAGGGAAGGCCACUGCCGCUGAGCUCGAGGCUGAGCAGCAGCCCAAAGAGAUCCUGCGAGCCAAGCGCAACAUCCGCAUCAAGCUCCCAGCCCAGCAGGUCAAUGUCGUCAGUCUCGACCUAGACGACGAUGAUGACGACGAGCUCGAGGUCCGGCCGGCACGCAAGAGCAAGAUCGACGCCAUAUUUGACAGCAUCCCUGUCAACCAAGCGCGCGAGUCUCGCUCCAUGCAGAUGCUGCGCAGGCUUGCGCACGUUGACGAUCCGGAGAAGAAGGCCACCACCGCCUCCAUUGGCAAGCACGCCAAGACAGCACACCAGCAGCCGGCCAUGACGGUUAGUGAACUUCAGGUGUCUCUGCUGCAGCGCGCCCGCCAGCAGGCCAAGCUGGAGCGGGAUAGCCACCUCGACCUGCUCCGCUCCAAGGGCAUCCACGUGCAGACUGCCGAGGAGCGCGAGAAGCAGAUAGCCGAGGUCGAAGACAUCGUGGCGCGUGCUCGCAAGGAGGCCGAGGAUAUCAUGAAGCGAGAGCGCGAGGCGGCCAAGGAAGACCGCAAAGUGCGGAAAGCAGCUGGCGAACUUGAUCCUUUGGGGUGGGAUGACAGCGAUGACGAAUAUACCGAUGCCGACGAGACAGGGUCAGAGGGAGAGGGAGAUGCAGCAGCCGAGGUUGAGCUCUCUGGUUCUGAAGAGGAGGACGUCCUCGAAGACGAAGACGAUGAUGAGGCCGAGGAUGAGGAAGAGGAUGCAGAAGUCGAUCCUGUCGGUGGGUUAUUCGACGACGCUGCAGAGAGCGCCGAAGAAUCCGAGGCCGAGGACGUCGAGCAAGAGCUUGACGCGCAAGAUUCAGACGGAGAGACGGCCAGUUCGAAGCAGGCGGCCCGUCGUAGGCCAAGGAAGCAUGUCACAAUCCUGUCUGACGACGACGAUGAUGAAGUUGAAGGGGAUGCAGAGAAGAGUCAUCUUGUCGAAGCCACCCCAAGGCCAAAGGCCAAGUAUCCCAAAUCGCCGUCGGCAGCACCCAACACGGUCUCUCCACAUGUCCCCACGUCGGUCCUGCGAUCGGCAACCAAGACCUUCAUCCCUGGUCUCCCUGUUGCAGGCGCUGCCGGCCUUGGCCUCACUCAGAUCUUUGCUGGGACCAUGGACGACAGCCAGUCAGCCCCUGGCUCUGUGAUGGGCUCCCCGUCGCAGCCACGGCCGACCUUUGGGGGCGUCGAAGAGUUUCCCGAUUCCAACUUUUCACAGACGGCCCAAGAGGCUUCAGACGACAUGAUACUAGACAGCCAGCCAGCCCGCAGAGCCGAGACGCAAACACAGGACCCCGACACCCAGGGCGUCCAAAUCCGCUUCUCGCAGUCGCAGGUGCAUGGCUUUGACAGCUUGCUCCAGGACAACCACGACCUCACCCAACUGUCAGAGCUCGAGCCUACCCAGGACGGCGGCUUCCAUAAUUUCACCCCUUUAAAACAGCGGUUUGUUGAGCCGCCUGCCUCGACUAUCGAUACGGUCAAGAUGGGCCAGACCCAGGCGGAGGCCGAGGUUGAGCACGAGUCGCCUCUAGUGCGCAGGACUGGCAAGCUACGGCGGAGAGGCGACGUUGCUGCUGCCGCUGCCGCCGUCGAUAGCGAUCCCGAAGACGAGAUGGAAGGCGUUGAGGCCGAUGAGUUUGGUUUCGGUACAGUCGAGAGCAAGACGGCCUUCGCCCUGAUGAAAGAGGCUGCUCGCAGGGAGAAGGCCCCCAAACUUGCCGAGGCUUUCGACAAGAAGAAGAGCAAGGCCCGCGACAUGGUCGAGGACCAGGCCGAGGAGUCCGAGGACGAGUAUGCCGGCAUCGGCGGUGUAGACGGCGAAUACAGCAGCGAUGAUGAUGACCACUCGGUCAAGGAGAUGAUUGAUGACGAGACCAAGAACAACGCGGGCGACGAAAGAAAGCUCGCUGCGUUUUAUGCCGAUCGAGAGCGCGCGUCGGACGAGAAGCAGGUAGAUAAGCUGUUCCACGACAUCACAACGGGCAUGCUGCGCCGCAAGCGUGGCGGUGACUGGGACGACCUUGAAGACGAAGACGACGGCGGCGAGGCCCGCCGUCGACUGAAGCGCCGGCAAUUCGCCAAGAUGCAGCGCGCCCUGUUUGCCGACGAGCGUAUCAGCAAGGUGGCCGAGAACCCGCGCAACCAGGCGUUCUUGCGCACCAUCGAGGACCGCGGCAGCGAUGACGACAUGGACUUUAUCUUUGCGCCGACUCCCGCCGUCGCAGCCGAACUAGACAGCCAGGAGGACUCGCAGACGCCGGCCACCACAACAAUCAUCCCCAACUCCCAGCCGCCGAUGCAGACAGCGGCAGGGAGCCGUCCGCCAGCCAGUCUCCGCCGCACCAAGGAUGGCAAGAAGCCCUCCAAUAUUGGCGACAUCCGCGAGUCGCUGUCGAAUCUGCUUGACGAGCCCUCACUCCACUCGUCGUCGGUCAUUCCAGCCACAGACCUGAGGUCUGACGACGACACGAGCGAGGAUGAGCAGCCGCAGCAACCCGCAACCACAACAGCCACAAGCCCGUCGCGCCGACCCGGUAGCAGUGGCAGCGGUAGUAGCAGCAACAAGGAGAACUGCAACCCCAAUCCUCGCCGCCGUCGCGGCGGCAACACCAACAGCAACAGAGAAGCCAUUGUCGACCGCAUCUCGCUGAAGCGCAAUGCCUCGUCGUCCGUCACCGGCCGCGCCGCCUUUGCCACGGCCAACGGCAGCACGUCCGCUAGCGGCGCCGGUGUCUUCAAAGUCCCUGCCCUGCUGCGGCGCGCCACCACCAACUCGCUCAUGUCCUCGACCUCCACUUCGUCCUCUACCUCCACGACCAACAACACCGCCACCACAGCCGCCAAGAACAACAGCGGAGGCAGUGGGUUCGGCGAGGACGCCAAGAUCAAGCGCACCGCCGGCAAGCGCUCCGGCAUCAACUUCUUCGCCCGCGAGACCGAACGCCGCGCCGCCCUUGCCGAGAGUGACCGCCGCCGCGAGGCCCGCAAGUGGAAGGGCGCCGAAGGCCGCGGCAAGGCCCUCCAGGGCGCCGGUGUGUUUGGCGCCGGCACGUUUGAAUGA